AUUUGCUUAAGCGCAACCGCAGAUCGCGACAAGUCCUGCGAGCUAUGAGCGACUCGCCGCCACCGCCACCACCGUCGCCUCCACCCGCGUCUCCGAAAGCAGCUGCAGCCCCGCCUCCACCUUCUCAUGAUGUCCCUCCUCCUCCAUCUCCUCAGCCACCAGCGGUAUCGGGUGGUCCGCCUCGCCUGGGUCGGGCGAAUUCACUAGUUCCUGCUCCGUCGUCGAAACUCCUGGUGUAUGUUCCGUUGGACGCCCCGGAUGAUUUGGACCGGAAUUGGGCGUGGCAUUACAUGACGGCCCAAAAGCAACUCACGGGGGACAUGGCCGACCUGGACAAGUGGAAAACCGUCGACGGGUUCGAGAAGCACACGGCCUUGGUGUACGGUCUGUUGACAGACUCGAAGGAGAUCUUCUGGGCUCUUCUUCGGACUUUCUGGAACGACAACCAAGCGAUCAAGGACAAGACGUUCCAAGGCCUGCAUGCUCUGGUGGACAUCCGCUUCCUCCGCCUCGCGCCGUCGUGUCGCGCCAACUUGCUCUGGCUCGUCGAGCAAUGCAUCCACGACAGUGUCAACGUCGACGCGCUCCUGAUCGUCCUGAUGCGAUACGUGGGGGUGCCUUGCGCAGACGCCGAGCCGAGCCUUCUUGAGUGGCUCGUUCGGGUGGUGGCGACCCCUGCGAUAUGGGACUCCAUCGUCCCACACAUCGCGUUUACGCUGCUCAGCAUCCUCCCCGAGCUCUAUGCCACCAAACCUAACGACGCCGUGACCAGUCAGGUUAUCCACACGCUGUUGUCACUGCACUCAAACCACGCCCGUGCCAUGUUGGUCGCCGGCCGAGAACUCGUCCGCCUUGUCGACGACGCAAUUCCACUCAUCCCAGCCGUCGCCCCCCUACAGGCGUGGCUACAUACUCAGUCCUUGGGGCUAACGCCGUCCAAGUUUGUUGUGGGUCGACUGACGUUCAAAGUGCAUGAGCAUCUGCGCUUUGUGCUCGAUAAAGUAACGCACGUAGCAGCCCAUCGGUACCAGAAGUGGUUUCAAGCGGCGUUUCUGCAGGGUCAGUCAGCCUUUGAAGGCCGCAUCGCCGACCUCAUCCGAUUUGUAUGCGCCGUGCACCAGCCAUCCAGCCAAGCAGUCGAGUUAAAGAUGACACCGCGGUAUCACAUUUUGGGCUGGUUGUUCCUUCUCAACAAAACCGCCGCCGCCAAGACCCGCGUGCUGCACGCCAUGUAUUUCGACUUUUUACACUACAGCCCAGACAUCCCCGUGCUCCAGUUGGAGCCUGCGAUGAUGUUGCUCCUCAAGGCAACCAAGAAUCGCAACCAUGGCAUGGUGCAGGAUAUCAUGACGUUCCUCGUCGCCCGCGUGGACGGCGCGCCGGACGUGGCCGCGAAGGUGGCGGCGGCCAUCUCGGCUCUGAUCAAGCUCGGCAUGAUGCGCAACCUGCUGCCCCUGGUCGACUACCUCGGGGAAUUCCACCCGGCGCUGGGCAAGCAAUCUCAGGCGGCGCUCCCACUGCACUUUACUCCUCGUGCUCCAGGCCAUACUGCGAUCACGUCAUCGCCAAACCAGUCGAACAACUCGCCGUCGCAUCAUCACAGGCCGUCGCCGCAGCACUCGACCCCUCCCACGUCGUCGUCCCCUCAGCGUGCCACGUCAUCGCCCCAACGGCCGAAUGUGUCGCCCCAGUACGAUACAUCUCCGAACCAGCACCCGCGCCAUCAUCCGCCGCCGUCAGAAGACGUGGACAUGGCGUCCAACUGGACGGAGCAGUCGUUUCUGGACGAUACCCACCCGUCGACGCCGUCCCCCGACCGGUCGCACCCUCUGAAAACACGGGCGGACGUCGCUGCCCUGGCGUUCCCAGAGUCCCUCCAAGUGUUUCGAGAGCCCAUGCUCGCCUUGCAACUGGUUCAGAGCGAUGUGGACAAGGUGAUUCCCGCGCUGUCGCAUGUAUUUGUGCUGUGGAGUGACCUGGCCAAUGCCGUGGCUGUGAGUUUGGAACUGGGCAGUUUGGUGUACAAGUGCCUCGAGCGCUCGUUCCUCACCACGACGUCCGUGCCCCAAUUCGUACUGGACCAGUGUCUGCAGCGCCCCCCGCACCUGCACCUACCCCUCCUGCACGGCAUGUACAAGCAAGACUCUGUGCUGUCGUCGCGGCUGCUGGCCCACUGCUGCGUACACAACAACCUGACGCCGUACAUUGCAUUCUGUGACAUGGUGGGGCUGCCAGAUGUCCCCGCCGCCAUCCUCCAAGACAUCGGCCUCUGCGUACAUGUCGACCAAGCCUGUGCCCUCGCCUGCUCUCUUUUGCAGGUUCCGUAUGCUGGGAACGUGGCGGUGGCUACGACGUGCCUUGGCGUAGUGCCAUAUCUGCUUGAGCAUGCCCCCUUGGCCUGCAUGCCUCGACUGGACGCGCUCAUUCGGUCCCUCGUGUCGGUGGCGCCGCCCGUGGUGGUCGCCAAGCUGAGCAUGCGGCUGCUCCUAAGCGAGUUUUCAAUUUUCAAAGAUCAAACGGCCACAGUGUUGCUAAGCUCAUUGCACUGGAAUUCGUGGGAACAGUGGGGUGUGUGGGAACUCCUCUCGGCGGAAUGGCAGGCCAAACAUCACGACAAAGCGACGGUGGCCGCAUUGCGCAAAGUACUAGCAUGUUUAGACCCACAAACCCAUGGCGAAGCGCUUAGUGGCAUUUUGAGGCUGCUGCUGCAAAUUUGCCCCGAUAUGGCGCUGUUGCAGUGUGUGCUCAAGCUGUCGGACGCAUUCGAUCCAUUUCCCAGCAGUGUGCUAGCUAUUUGGUCGGAUAAGUGGCUGUCGAGCGUGCAGCCGUUAGUGGUGGGGUUGCUACAUGAUACUAAAGACGCGGCGGUGGACGUACGUCGACAGCUGAGCAAGUUGCCCGCGAACGCGCUGCUUCUACAAGAGCCAUACGUUCGAGCGGCGUUGCUGGCCGAGUCAAUUCCAGGCCAACUGAGUGGCUCUGCAAGUUGUUCUGAAACGGCCAUCGACGAGCCAGUGAUGAAGAAACCCAAGGUGGACGGUUGAGAGGGAGAUAGAUAUAUUGAUAUAUAUAUAUAUAUACUAC